GUCUGGCCGUGUUGAGGUAGAUGCUUUACUAAAAUGGCGGCAGCGGCUUUAGUAGCAACUUCCUCAGGCAAAGAUGCUUUAGCCGAGGGGUUGCUCGACCUCCUGAGACCAGCUAUUCAGCAGCUCGACUUACAUGUACACUCAGUCAGAGAAAGCCAAGUAGAAUUAAGAGAACAUAUAGACAAUCUGGCCACAGAAUUAUGCCGGAUAAAUGAACAUCAGAAGGUGGCUCUGGACCUGGACCCUUAUGUAAAGAAGCUGCUGAAUGCAAGGCGAAGAGUAGUGCUAGUAAACAACAUACUGCAGAAUGCUCAGGAACGUCUGAGGCGACUCAACCACAAUGUGGCCAAAGAGACAGCACGAAGAAAGACCAUGCUGGAGGCUUCAGGAGUGUUCCCCUCCCGCUCCCCCAGUAAACCCUGAGCCUCCUCCUCCUGCUCUGUCAACUGUCCUGACCAGGAGGGACACAUCAAUACUGGAAACUGUAACACAAGGACCACAAGUCUUCCUUUGACAUUUAGUUAGCUGUUUGUCUAAUGACAUGCUGAUGUCCUGCACUGCUUUGUCUGAUGUCAUAAUAAAAAUCCUGGCUGCUAUCUGUUUACUGUUAGGCAGCUGCAAAAUACAACAGAAUCGGCUCUACAGUACCACCAGAUCAUACAUUGUUUCUAAAAAUAAGAUAAAUACUUGUACGCAUGAGCAAAAUGUUUUAAAAAAAAAAAAAGACUGCAACUGUAAUGUCACCUCAUCGUGCAGGAUAGAUGAAGACACUUAGCCUGAGCAAUCUUGUGGACCAAAAUAACAGAUCCUUGUUUUGCUGCUGGAAGCAUUGCUCAUUAAAAUGUCAGUCAGUUAUCAUGCCUACUACUCUCUGGCUGUGGGAGAUGGCUGUUCACAAAUGUGAUUUGAAUAGCUCUCUAUGAGUUGAAAGGUAAAGGCUCUGUUACUCAGUCAGUUAGCAUCCGACUUAGAACGGGUUAAACUCAACUGGCACUGGCAGGGGUUUAGAACACCUGGUUGCGGUGUCAAAAUGAACACCACAACAAUGGCAACAUCACGUAGCACACUCAUGGAUGUAUUAAGAUAGCUAUAAUACAUACAUGAGUGCAUAGGAGUAGGCAUGUCUGAUGGCUAACCAACAUGCACUGGGGCAAUGGGAUUGUUAUUUAAUUGGCGUUGCUGCCUAUUGGGAUCUGCAAUGUUUCCACUCUUGUUCCCAUUCCACAUUGACAAUUAGUCAACGCGUGUAAAUGCAAAUACACCGUGAGUAAUGUGUGUAGAAUUAUUGAGAUUCUCAGCCUUGACAGCAAUUUGAUGACCAAAUGCAACAUUGUUGAUGAAUUUAGUUCAGUUGUAGUUUUUUCCAAUCUAAAAACUUCUUGUUGAAAAAUCUUGACAGAACAUGUCUACUUGCACUUGUGAUAGUAUUAUUAAGUAAUGUUAUAAAUAUUUCAAUCAAGUGUAAAUCUUUUUGUAGCACAUUUGUCCCUGUGUUUCCUUUCAAUCUACUGCAGUAUCACUAUUCUGUCAAAUAUACAGUACAGUAUUAGCUUACACUAAAACUGCAGCGGGAACUGGUCUGACAAUACAUAUACGAUAACUUGUUUCUGUGACUUCUACAUUACUGGCAAACUGAGCACUCGUCCUUGAGUCUCCGGGCUUGUGCAUUAUUUAACAACGGUCGGUGUGUUUGUCAGAUAAUCAGUAAGCCUGUUUCUGGCAUCAGAAGUAAAUUGAGGAAUAAGUGACACAUUUAAUUGUAAUUACACAGUUCUAUAAGUUUGACACUUGUAAAAGUGCCUUCAAAAGAACAUAAAUAGUAAAAUAUUCAAAAUGUUAGACAUUAAUAAAAUGAGGUGUAUACAUUUAAAGUACUUUAUAUAGACAAAGAAACGAAUUAGUGUUUUUUUUAAACAGUAAAAUAUUGUUAAAUCAGAUUCUGAACUUUUUUUGUUGAUAGAAUUAAAUAAAAAACAAAUUGAAUAGACUUAUAAGUUGUACGUUGCUCCAAAUGCAACAAAGUAAAUCAGAAACCAUUCAGGAGAACAGUGUUUUAAUUUAGAUUUGGAAAUGGCUAAGGUUAUGGCCCAAUCACCAGGAAGUUGGUUCUAUCUGUGUGUAGCCUCGUAGCUAAUCGAGGUUCUACCAGUAGACUGCUACCUAAUGAUCUAAGGGAACGUACAUGUAUUAUGGCCUGCUGGACAUAAAGCAAUGUUUGGGUGUGGAUAUACAGUAAGACCUAUAAUUCUUGUGUUUGAGAUGAUAAAAUGCUGAUUUAGUUAUUGCCCCCAUGUGGCUGCUGAAGCUAAGAUCUGAGUCUAAUUAAACUGUAACUAACUUG